AUGACAGUUCCCGUUGAGCUCCGUCAUGAUCUCGAAGAUGCUGCAAACCGUAUGCGCAUCUCAGCCAUCGAGAUGACCUGUGCCUCGAAGAGUGGGCAUCCAACGUCUUCUACUUCUGCAGCUGAGGUUAUGUCCACGCUGUUUUUCCAUGAGAUGAAGUACGAUGUCGCUAACCCAAAGGCAGCGAGCGCCGACCGUUUCGUACUUUCAAAGGCAAGCUAUCGUGUGUUCUGCUUGUUGGGAGAUGGAGAAACUGCAGAAGGUUCAGUGUGGGAGGCGGCAGCAUUCGCCUCGCACUAUAAGCUCGAUAACUUGGUUGCCAUAGUCGAUGCUAAUCGCCUGGGUCAGUCUCAAGAAACAUCGCUAGGACACAAAGUUGAUGUGUAUCAGGCUCGAUUUGCUGCAUUUGGCUUCAACGCCAUCGUUGUUAAUGGACAUGAUGUAAAUGAGCUAAUUAAUGCAUACGAGACAGCUAGAAAUACAAAGGAUAGACCGACGGCAAUUAUCGCCAAAACUUUCAAAGGCCAGGGUAUUGAAGGGAUAGCUGACCAAGAAAACUGGCAUGGAAAGCCUGUUCCAGCCGACAAGGCGAGUUGA